AUGGACGACUCCGACCCCGACCAGAUCGACUACAAUGAUCCCGCUUGCUUUUCACGGCUUUUGGGACCCGGUCUCCCCGUUCCAACCUACCAAUCCCCAGCUGCUGUCCGCAAGCAAGCCAGGGAGCGGUCGCAAACCAUCCAUGAUACAUCCGCAGCUCUUCGCGACGUUGUGAUACGGCAUGAGGACACUAUCCAGAAGCGAUGGAUGAAGAAGUCCAAGCAGCAGAGGCUGAAGAUCUUGCUUGAGUGUUGGCCUGGUAUGGCCGCCAUCCACCGCCCGGACUUUGAUGCCUUUCGGAAAGAGAACGGCCAGCUGCGCAGCGGUGGGACCAGAUACCGGGACCAUUACCUGUGGCCUUACAUCAACCAGGAGGACUUGUGCAAGCCCAAGAAUAUCCUGCUCCUUCUCAAUGCGCGGGCUCGCCAUCAUGCCUCCGCAUUUGCCGCUGCCGACAUCACCGCCAUCCGUUUGGGCAUGACCUCAACCGCCAUCGUUCCGAUCUAUCUCAACGAGUAUGUCAUGAUGUUGAAUGGCGCCACCGACGUCGACAGCUAUGGCAAAGUCAUCCACUGGGAUGAUCAUGAGGACGCGUUCGACUGGAUGCAUACUCAAAAACAGUUUCUACCUGGUGAAGGCCUGCUCGUGCUGGAGAUCCAAGAGCGCAUCCUGAAGUUCCUGCUGGCUUUCUGCAAAGCCGUUCUUCGUGAUAUACCAGUGGAGGCCUUGAAAAGCGAUACCUACCAGAUCCAACCUGAACCCCAUCUCAAGACGGAAAUCGAGACCAACGGAUUCGACUCGCUUGCCGUCAUGGCCGCCGAAGCACCCUAUCGACUCCCAGUCCGGAUUGACUUUGCACGGAUUGACUUGCUGCUCGAGGCCAAGGUAUCCGCCGCCAAGGAUCACAUAUGGGCGUUGAGAGAAGACCCCGACUAUUUUGCCAACCGGGUAAACGACAUCAAAGACCACAGACAGGAGAUGCUGAAGGACACCAAGGGCAACAUCCAUCCGGCUCUUCGCCCAGGUCGGCAGAAUAUCUUAGGGGCACGCGUCGUUGGCAAUCUGAUCGUUGAAGCCUAUUCUGAGCUUGAAAUAUUCGCUGAACUGCACCGUCAAGGUAAAGAGCUACGCCUCCUACAUGAGAAGUACGCCAGCCAGCUGUCACCCUCUGAAAACCUGCCAAAAGAGCUCCUCGGCCACAUUCUUACGUUUCGCUAUUUUCUCACCCAGGCGGCCAAAGGUCCACUGUCUCAGCUGCUUCAUAAUGUCUCUGCCUCCCCCCCGCUGCGCAGGCUAUUUGUUCGCCAACCACCCCCCGACACCACUACUUCCAAAAUAGCCAUCAUGUCCGUCAACGAGUCCAAGCGAACCGCGGUCGAAGGCCGUCUGCUGUGGCUCCUCAACACCCUAUGGGAAAAUGGAAGGACAUUGUUUCUUGCUGGAAUGCCCUUGAUUCUGGAUGAACUACAGCGUUUUCUGGAAGCCGAACCCGAAGCUGCGAAUCUUGUUUCAUCUCGUAUUGCCGAAAUGAUCAGUAAUGCUUCCAUUAUCAGCCAGUGUCUCAGCCAGCUCGAUCAAUUCCAGCCUUGGGCGCGAAGCUUUGAGAACGCAGAGGAGGACCAGCUGGAUGAGAUUCAACAGAAAUUUGCGGUCUGGGCCAAACCGCUUGGGAACAUCAUCCAUGGUCUUAAAGAGCAAUACUUGCUUCCUGUAGCCGACUUGGCCAGCACCUCCCAAAAGCGUUUCUUCUAUCCUGUUGAGAAACGCCGAACAAAAGACACAGUUGAGGCUUUGCGGCAAGCAGAGGGAAACCUAGACCGUUUCUGGCAGGCGGCUGACAAGAUUGUGGACUCAAGGUGCAAGCAUUUGGAGGGCACAGCCGCCAGAGCUCUCUUCUCUGGAAACCGUGUGUUGCAACGAACCCCCGAGUGGGUUCCGCAGACCAGUACAGAAACACCUGCGGACAAGAAGGUUGGGCCCGUCGAGACCGUUGACAGUGUAGAGGAACUGAGCAAACCCCUUUCGACGCUGUACUUUGGAUCUACCUCGGGCCAGAGGAUAUCACAAGAGCCUAAGCCAAAGACCAAGACCAAAACCAAGGGGUUGCCGUCGUCCGACCAGACAGCUCCCUUGACGACUCCUUUGCCUAUCGAAGCCUCCGUGCCGGCGCCCACCAUCGCGGUUGACCCCCGCUCCCUCAAGGUUUUCCGUACAUUGUUCUUCAACCCCGGUGUGACUUCCUCCCCAGGCGAAAUCCCUUGGCAAGACUUUGUGCACGCCAUGACCUCGACUGGGCUGUUCACAGCUGAAAAGCUCUAUGGCUCGGCCUGGCAGUUCCAGAGGCUGGACAGCAAAUCGCAGACGAGAAUCCAGUUUCACCAGCCGCAUCCUAGGGGGAAGAUUCCGUUUACGAAUGCCAGGAGAAUGGGGAGGAGACUGACCAGGGCAUUCGGGUGGGUUGGUGACAUGUUUGUGGCGAAGGAGGAAUGA